GUAAACCGCCGGUUGCCUUUUCCGUCGAAUUGAAGACGCAAGAGAUUCGCACUCGCAAUGCAAGGAGAUCUCCUUUUUGAGCCACACCCGAUCGCAUGGACUGCCGAGCGCUUGCCACCAGGUCGUCUGGCCGAUGUCAUACCUUGCAACCGGUCUGCAAAGUGGCCUCUUUGGCAAGACAGUCCAGCAGCACGACACGACACCCUGCGCCGGUCGCAUGGGAAGAGAAAGUGACCAUUGAUACCCCUUGGCUUGGUUCAACCACACAAAGUAGUCGGGUCGCCAUCUUUGCUGUAAGAAUAUCGAUAUCAGUCGCUUUGUGGUCUCAGCCUGGCAACUGCGCUGGUCUGAAUCUUCAAUCUGCAUCGACUGUACCGGUACAGCCUUAUUAGAUCUUUAUCUCCGCGAGCGACCCCUCGACCCAUAUCAAUCCAGACAAAGCCAGACAUGUCAGCUCUGAAUCAUCAUCAAGUAGCGCUCGACGCUCUCAACGGCAGACGAUCAAGCAUGACCGGCGGGCACCUCUUGCCUUCGCCGCCUGAUUCGCCUGCUCGAUGCUCGGACGAACUGGCCGACGACUCUAUUGAGGCGAUGUCGACACCACUAAAGCAUCAAAGUUCCGGCUUUGACUGCUCAGAGAUAUAUCAAAGAGACGAUGGCGAUAGUGAGCUUACGGAAGAGAUGAGGCAGGCCCUUUCGGACCGUGAUGCUCGUCGGGCUAUCAAGCAUCGUCGACAUCGUCAAGCAGUUGUCGUCAGUUCGCCGCCCCUCCAGCCCUGGAACGACGAGCCGGUCGCUUCGGCUUGCCCGUGGUCGAAGACGGACGACAAUGUGCUGCCAGGAACUGGUCAGACAGCGACGGUAGCACCCUUCAAGAGCGAGUCCACGUCGACGUUUAUCAACUCGCGCGGUGUCGGUCUCGGCCUGACAUUCACUUCCUCGUCGACCGUGCAGAGCUGGACUGAUCGCUCAGAGGAAGAAGAGUCAAGCUGUCCACCUGCAUUCUUUCCGAACCAGCGCGUCUCCUUCUCGCCCGUUCUGCAAGUACGGGAGCGGCUCGGUCUUCCGAUAGCCAGCAGCGAGGCCGCCGCUGAAUCGGCUCCGCGUGAGGAGGUUAGCAAGAUGAUUCUCGGCGUUACCGGUGUCGUCGAAGCAUUAGAGCCCUGUGCCACCACGGGUGUUUCGCGAGUGACGAACGCGAGAGUUGUCGCAGACUUUACCACCGACGUAAGCGGGGGUUUGGCCAUAUGGCAACGUGACGCGGCUGCUGUCCUCUCGGCCCGUCAGAAGCAGAAGCAACGCGAGCAAGCCGAUGCGCGACGCCGUGCAGUCCUAGCAGACGAGCCAGAAGCAAGCGAUAUUGUUCGCGAGCCAUCUCGGUCGGAUAUUGCCUCGGCAAGGGCACUUGACGAUGGCAGCCUGCCGAGCGGUAAGUAUGUGCUGCCGCUUUCGAUGCGCAUCCCGGAUCACAACAGACUACCGCCUUCAUUCGAAUCUGCGCACUUUCGGCUGCGGUACUCAAUGUCAAUUGCGCUCAUCUCGAACCGGAAACAGAACAACAAGCCUCGCGUGAUCAAGCAGUACGACAUUCCAUUUCAUGUGCUGCCAAGUACAUCCCCUAGUGGUCCGCCCUGCAUUAUGCCCACCCGCUUCGCAGAAUCAGUCGGCGAAUCUCGUCAUAUCGGUAUCUUAUCGACUCUGUCAUCUGCGUUUCGCGGCAUGGCACUGUCGCCCCGACUGAAUUCGACCGAAACGAGCGAGGCACAUAUCAACACGGAGACGUCUACGCCUGCUAGAGCAGCCGGAGCCGCAUCGCAUCAUACGAUCAUUCCCUACUUGCCCACGUCGUCCUUCUCCCCUUCAGCACAAGCGUCUGUGCCGCUCUCCUUGCGCAUCGACUCAAGUACGGCCGCGACCGGUCAGGACCUCUAUAUUCGUGCUUCAAUCGUCAAGCGUAUCUAUGUGCGAGACUCGUCAAAAUCGCCAGACGACGAGAUAAGACACUGGGCAGACCAUAUCGAUGUGACGUCAGCACAGAUGGAGGAUCACAUCCUGAGCCGAUGUCUCAAGUCGGAAGAGACGCUUGUCUCUCGCUUUGGUGUCAUCCCGUGGCACCUUCGCGAGCACCAGUCUGCUCAGAUCACGAUCGAAGGUCUUGCGCUCCCUCUGACGCGAGAGGAUAGCAAUUCGAGCUGGACUCAUGGCUAUUCGACCGCGCUCAGCUUACGACCGGAAGCAAUGCGCAAUACCAAUGGCUCCGAUGAUACCACGACCUGGUUUGCGCCAUCGUUACGCAACCCACAGCUGAACAACAAAACUUGCGCUCGCCACUUGUUUUGCGCCAGUCGCUUCUUCGUCUGCAUCGAAGUCGGCUUCGCUCACGAUUUGACACGUACGCUCGAGCAACUCAACAUUCCAGUGGCAAAAGCUGGCCGGUUCAGCAAGCCAGUGUUUGACGACUGCAAUUCUGUAUACAACCGGCCGUUCGGAGCAGCCUUACCUCGCAGAUCAUCACUCGAGACGAUGCUGUCCAGCUCGCUCGAUCUUGACCUUUCCGGCCGCCUGCUGUCCUCUCAAUCGAGUCUACCUAGGAGAUCACUCAGUCAGACAGCAGCCGCCUCAGGUCCAGUAGAGGCCGAGCUUCUACACAAGCCUCGCUUGCCACUGGUUCUACCAGGUUUGAAGCACCUCGAAGUCGGCAUUUCUGUUGGCUCAGUUGCUGAACCGAGCCUCAACUGCUUCGAAGUCUUGCCCCGAAGACAGACAUACGAUCCUGCGCUGGGCUCGCAGGACGAGUCUGGCGUCUCUGCUGCCGACAUCUCACCCAGUGCGUCAGUCCAGGAGUCCGAUAAGGCCUGGAUCUGCGCGCCGCCGCCUUAUAUACAGGCCUUGCGCAGUGCGCCGGCCUACCUGAGCGCAUAAUCGAUGUCAUUGCAUGCACUGCCUUUGCUACUUGCUCUGUCACACCGG